AUGAUGGUCCAGAGUUUACCCGAGGCAGCCGUGUGCAAGAUCUUCGCAAGAACACUUAAAGAGCCGGCCGCUAUCUGGUACCAAUGUCUGAAAGAAGGAUCAACUCACAGUUUUGACGAGUUGGCAGAAGCCUUCCGAACUCACUUUGCGCCGAGCAUACAAAGGGGGAAAAAUUCUACUGAUCUCAAGUUGUGCUAUCAAAAACCGGGUGAAAGCUUGAAAAACUUCGUUACCAGGUUCAACGAAGAGGCCAUACUAGUAGAAGACCUGAACGAUGAUACGGCCAUAGACGCCAUGAAAGACAACAUCACCAUGAAUAUGUUCCGAGACAACCUGAUCACAAACAUGGCGCAGCGGGACCAUCUUUCAACCAAAAUAAAAGGCAGGAUAGGCUCAAACCAUAGAGCAAAGACCACCGGCGGAUUUCCGAACAGAUUGCCACAAACCGUUCAUAAUAGAAGAUCAAUCCUACAUCCCUCUUAA